CUCCAUUUCCUGUGAGAUGGAACCAUAGCUAGUUAGAAUACUCAACACCACCUUGACUUGGUCCCUUGUACCCCCUAGAGGGCAAGUAGGCCCACAGCAGUGCGAAAUAGUAUCAAUAUGCAUGUGUAUGGCCAAUAAUUACCGAUGCCCAGGAAACCUCUAUACGCACGUCUCAACUUCGGUACGCCUGAGCGCCAGCUGUAUGGGGGGGGGGACCCUACCUUUCGACAUACCUCUAAAACUUCACAUAUGGCAAAUUUUGGUGAACAGUAUAAUCAAUACCAGAUUGCCGUUUGUAAGACUUGUGCAGACAGCCCUGAUGAUACGCGCGGAAGAGCAUGAGGGGUAGAGAUCUUCUCUCUUAGGAUACCUGCUGCAGUUAAAAUUAACGUCAAAUACCCGCCUAUUGUUGAAUACUACUAGUCAUAUAGUUCGACAGGUCGGGCAACAAGGCGCCGGAACUCAUUUUCGUCGGCCUAAGAC